CCAAUAAAGUCAGGUGACUCCCCCUGGCUGGCAGCUCACUUCCCUGCCCUCCCCAAGUCCAUGUACUGAGGCUGGGCUUUCGAACCUAGGCUGCAUCGAAGGGAGCCAACCAGGCUGACCAGCACCCUGACAAACUGGGAUACUCAUACAAAAUCUCACUGCUGGGGUAAAUGCCCUACCAGCCAGGCAGGCGCUGAUGGUUGGCAGAGACGUUCUCUAUGGUGCGUUGAGAAGCCAGAAGACCUAUACGUGGUAAAGCAACAAAGAUCUAGGCUCCCCCUGGGGCUGACAAACCCAAGCCCAUCUUCUGGUUGCUUCCCUGCAACACACCCCGGUUCACUGCUACUAAAAAAAAGAGGGCACUUCCAUCAAGGAGUGUGUUUCGCCUCGGCCCAAGUACGAGUUGGACCACGGGUCUCCGGACAGCAUGGUGGUGCAGAAUAAGCUGGACACGGGGGACCCCAGGAAAGCAGUCCUUUUGGAACCAUUCAUCCAUCAGGUUGGGGGCCACAUGAGCAUGAUGAAAUAUGAUGAGCACACCGUCUGCAAACCCCUCAUCUCCCAGGAGCAGUGGUUCUACGAGUCGCUCCCCACAGCCAUUAAGCAGUUCACGCCUCAGUACAAAGGUAUCAUCUCAGUGUGCCUCAGAAAGGACAGCUUGGGCAACCUAGGCCUGAUAGCCAGCCCCAGCCUGCCGACCGACAACUGCAGUUCCUUGGAUAAGGAGCAUUCGGUGAUGCUAUGUCAGGAGAUCAAGUGGACGUCCACCACCAGCAGCGAGCGCUUGUUUGUCAAAUGGAGUCAGGCACCUUUCACAAAGACCAUCAAAGACAGCGGCCCAGGGAAGGCGCUCCUGAGGACGGAACUUCAGUACCAUACGGACGUCUCUUCGCUCAUGGAGGAUACAAAUGGGAACCAGCCAGAAAGAAAGAGCUAUAACCCCUGGGGACUGCACUGCCACCAACUGCACCUGAACCGCAUGUCCUCCAAACUUGAUGAGAACAAACUACAUCAGUUUCUGUUGCUUGAAAACGUGGUGUCAAAGUAUCAAUAUCCCUGCAUUCUGGAUUUAAAGAUGGGAACCAGGCAGCAUGGAGAUGAUGCAUCAGAAGAGAAGAAAGCACGCCACAUAAUGAAGUGUGAACAGAGCACUUCUGGAUCUCUUGGAGUUCGCAUCUGCGGAAUGCAGGUUUACCAAGCAGAUACUGGCCAAUUUCUCUGCAAAGACAAGUAUUAUGGAAGGAAACUAUCACCCGAUGGCUUCAGACAAGCCCUCUACCAGUUCCUUCACAAUGGUAACUGCCUCAGAACAGACCUCUUGGCACCCAUUGUGUCCCAGCUAAAGGCUCUGCUUUCAGUCAUCAAAAAACAGAGCUCCUAUCGAUUCUACUCCAGCUCCCUUCUCAUCAUCUAUGAUGGACAGGAACCCAAGGAGAAUAAAGAAACCUUAGACAACCAUCCUCAGGGGUGUUUUCAGAACAUAAACUGCACCAUGCCACAUGGGACUGGUCACCCCAAAGUUGAUGUCCGCAUGAUAGAUUUUGCUCACGCCACUUAUAAAGGUUCAAAGUAUAAUCACACCAUCUACGACGGGCCAGACCACGGCUAUAUUUUCGGUCUAGAAAAUCUUGUCAACAUUCUUGAGAAUACUAGAGAAGGAGAAUGACACAUGCUGUGACAUGGCAUGGACUUUGUGGUGAUAGAUAUCCCAGAAAGGGACUGCCUGUGCAUUGGGCCAACUGCAUGGAGCCCCUCACGACUUUUGAACAUCCUGUGUACUUUUUGGAAUGAAAGCAUUGGUGACUUGCUAGGAAAGCGCAGAAGAUGCUAUAUGCCAUUACCAAAGCGAACUGUAAAAGCAAAGGAUUGAAAAGAAUCCACCGUGCUUGUGAUCUCGCCAAAGAUUUAUUUUCCUUUCUUCUUUUACUGCUGUCCUUGAUUUGUUUGCGAGCGAGAGGAAAGCAUUACUUGAAAGAAUCUUAAAAUUAAUAUAGGGCCUGCUCACCUCCAUGUGCACCAGCAAAGCCAAGAAGGCUAAGCAAAGACCGUGCAGUUGAGAGACUAUUAAGAGGUGUUGGCAGGUCUGAACAAGUUGCAGCAUUACUUUCAACCCAAGCUCAACAUGAUGGGCCAAGGACAUUCAAUGACACAAACAGAAGAAAAUUGCACUUUCUGAUCUUCAUGCUCCAAACACCUGGCACUUUUAAGACUGUGAUAAUGUAUGAAGCCCUCAAUACAGUAUAUCUAUCUAUAUCUAUAUCUAUCUAUAUCCGGUAUAAGUGGUGCUAUAUAAGAGGUGCUAUGUUUAAGAAGUCCUUGUUGUAAGGAAUUUAUAGUCCCAAGGCAUGAGUGAGGAUGCUACAAAGCACAAACAGAAUCAUACAAGUACUUAAUAUCCCCUGGAAGAAUAAGGGGGGCAGACUAAGGAGUUUUCUGAAGGAGUGGAGGGAGAGGAAACAGAUAUAUCAGAGAGUGCUGAGUCUGUCCGAUACUGAUGUCGAGAGUGAGUCAGAUACUGGUCAUGAAAGGAUUCUCAUCAGGACCUGGUAGCGUGGAAGAGAAUUUGUGACAUAAGGCUUGCCAGUGCAUGAAAGUUAUUCCAGAAUACGGUACGGUGUGAAUAAAAAGCGGAACAGCUGUUCCGAAAUAACUCCGUGUGUGGGUGCUUGUAUUCUGGAAUAAGAGUACCUUUUUCUGGCUUAGCUUAAUCCACUUCCAAAGUGCAUUACUCCAGAAUAACAGUGUCCACACGUGUAGUUAUUCCAAAAUAGUUAUUCCGGAAUAACUCCAUGUUUGGACAAGCCCUGAGUCAGGAACUGGACGUUUAGACUCAUCUUUUUUGUGUGUGUGUGUGUGUGUGUGUGUACAUGUGUGUGUGUUUGGAGGACACAAAAUUGGGAAAAUUUAACAAAAUGUUUACAAUAUUUGUGGGCAGAUAAGAAUACGGAACAACCUAUAUAACCAAUUCCUUCCUGUGCAAUGUGGGAAACCUGUAGAAUGUCCUUAAGUCAAGAAUAGCGAUACAAAGUCCAAUUACUGGGGAGCUGAAGUGUAAAUAAAAUUGUCCAGGUCACUGUC